UCAUUAGUGCGCUCGGCGCUUUUCAAGACGUCGCCUCUGCUGCUUUUUUUUUUUUUUGCAGCGCAACUUCUGCUCCUUCGCCCACUCCGCUCUCCCCACGUAGACGGACGCGACUCACGAUCAAAACCGAGCACAUGUAGCGGGGUUCUCCGGCUCGCCAGUGCUUCGCCAUGCUCCUCAGCCAAGGCGGAAUUCACCACACGAACUUUGUGAAAGAAGAGUCCCAGAGCGCGCAGGAUGCUCCAGAGCGCAGGCGGCGCGUUUAACGCCGAGAGGGAAGCGCGUCCGUCCGACAGUUCACUCCGCGUGAAGUUGUGAGUAUGAGAAAAAGAAACCAAACAGGAUUUUCUCUGGGUUAGGGUCGCUCAGCAAGUAGCCGACACUCCGGGCAUGGACAAUGGAUACUCCAAGUCUGUCAGUGAACGCUGUGUCCUACACGGUGGCGGCGGAAAUCUCCAGUCCAGACGACGCGUUUAAUGGACCUAUCAAGAACAUCGCGCCGUGGAACUUCACUAUCCUGGCCGUGCUCAUGUUUGUGGUCACCUCGCUGUCUCUGGCCGAAAACUUCCUCGUCAUGUUUAUCACUUUCAAGUUCAAGCAACUCAGACAGCCCCUUAAUUACAUCAUAGUCAACCUGGCCAUCGCCGACUUUCUGGUCUCCCUCACCGGAGGACUAAUAAGUUUCCUGACCAACGCCAGAGGUUACUUCUUCCUCGGGAGGUGGGCUUGCGUCUUGGAGGGGUUCGCUGUGACUUUUUUCGGGAUCGUGGCCCUCUGGUCCCUGGCUGUCCUGUCGUUUGAGCGGUUCUUCGUGAUCUGCCGGCCGCUGGGGAACAUCCGGCUGCAGUCGAAGCACGCCAUCCUGGGCCUGCUCUUCGUCUGGACCUUCUCCUUCAUCUGCACCUUCCCCCCGGUCCUGGGCUGGAAUAGGUACACCAUUAGCAAGAUCGGAACCACCUGCGAGCCCGACUGGUACUCCACCAACAUCACAGAUCACACCUACAUCCUCACGUUCUUCGCCACCUGUUUCAUUUUGCCUCUCGGGGUGAUAUUCUUCUGCUACGGGAAACUCCUCCGGAAGCUCAGGAAGGUAUCUCAUGGUCGUCUGGCCACAGCCAGAAAGCCCGAGCGGCAGGUGACCCGCAUGGUGGUGGUGAUGAUCGUGGCGUUCAUGGUGGGCUGGACGCCGUACGCCGUCUUCUCCAUACUGGUCACAGCUCAUCCGACCAUUGAACUGGAUCCAAGGCUGGCCGCCAUCCCCGCCUUCUUCUCCAAGACAGCUGCUGUCUACAACCCAAUCAUCUACGUCUUCAUGAACAAACAGUUCAGGAAGUGCCUGAUCCAGCACUUCACCGGCAUGGGGACCAUCCCGGAGAGCAACAUGAACCAGACCUCAGAGCGACCUGGAAUCACUACCGAGAGUCAAACGGGGGAAAUGUCGGCCAUCGCGGCGCGCAUCCCCGUCGGCGGCACCGCGUCGCCCAGAUCCGACGAUUCUCCAACUGACUGUGGCUCGUUCGCUCAGCUUCCCAUCCCGGAGAACAAAGUGUGUCCAAUGUAACCCAAUAGGUGUUCUCGAUCUCCCCCGAGAGUACGUAUUUACCCUCUGUAAUCUAGCUACCGUGUGUUUCUCUUUGGACGUCAAUGGAAGUUUAAAUGGUUUGUCAAGUUCUUGAGGAGAUACAGUACAGGGCGCAGUGUAAAAAACAACAACUGUGUUUUCAUAGUUAAAGGUUUUGGCACUUGUUUUUUUUUGUAUUAUUUUCACUUGCAAUAUUAAUUGAGGACAGACAUAAAACAUAAAGCCCAGUAUGUUUCAUUAGUUUGUCAAAAUUUCAAGCAGGGAAAAGUCAGAACUUCGCAGACAGAAAUCCGUAGAGCUUCACCUCGUAGAUGUAUUUUGUAAAUAUUUGCUUGCUGGACCUUCGUCCUGUUCUUCGAGAAUGCCUUCUUGACCAUCAUCGCACGCCUGGUAGUGUGUCAAAUUAGAGGGCAUCGGAUUCAACUCGAUAACAUAAAAAAAGGACUGAAGAAAACUCAAACCUUGACAUCAGUUAGUUGAGGGCUCGCCAGUGUUUUUUCAAAUACAACAAUGCACCCAGCCUUUCAUCUUGUCCUGGCCUUGCCUUUUGAAGCCCUGCGAUGGAAGCGUUGUUUUUCUAUGCUGUUUCAGUAUUUGGUUUGGCAGCAGGCUUUAUUCAUCUAUGCUUGUCAAAAGGACUGAGCAGUCGUCUGACUUUGGAUAUUUCUACUUUAGAGAAUCCCGCGUAGACCAAUUCGGGUCAAACCUUUCAUCUCGAGUAAAGGUGGUCAGUGAACUAGGGGGAUGACAGUCUCCUGUUACCUCUGCUGCAGAAGGAGGAGGACAACAUAUUUAUGAAGUCAGCAGGGGAUCAACACACACACACACACAAGCACACGCAUGGAGAUGCAGGUCACUGCCUGUUUUAAAAUAAGCUCUCUAUAGGCACUGUGAAAAUAUAAUAAUGCACCAAUAAGUAGAACUAGCACAAGGGUGGCUUUGCUAACUAGCCAUGUACAAAAGCAAUGAGUAUUCCCAUCACAAGCACAGGUCAAGAGCAAUAUUAAAGCUAAAUACUGUCACGCAUUUGAGCACUUGAGCAUUAGCUACAGUAGAUGUAGCAGUGAGUGUUAAAAUGUCUUUUCUUGACUUUGUGGUGCAUGUUUGUUCACUAUUAGUGGGUGUUUGUCAAAACAAUGUUGUAUGCUGCGCAGUGAUUCACUAUGUUAACAAAAAAAUAAUGAUAGUAAUAGUACAGCGUAUGGUGUCUGUUUGCAUUGUACCGAGUGUGUGCGUUCCAAUCACGUUUGGCAGGAGUGACGAUCAAAGUCAUUGAAUCUGUGCCAAAUGAAUUGUGAUGCCUUGAUGUGAUCUGCAGAGCAGCCUGAGGUCAUUGUGAAGAGGGUUGGCCAGUUAGCUUUGAGAAGAACUUUCAUGCACUUUUUUUCCUUUACUGCUUGCUAAAUUUUCUUUAACCUCUCAUCAUUCCAGCCCUUUUCCAAAAAAAAAAAAAAAAGAAAGACCUAUUUAUUACGUACCCAAAGUAAAUUUAAUACAGUUCGUGCAUUUUGGAGCUCAUGCAUGGUCUUGGUCUCUUUUGAAAGCUGAAACUCUGAAGUUUCUAUCACAAAAGUCAGAAUCCCUCUAACUGGUAUUGUUGAGUUAAGUAAACAAAGUGGCCACACAGUUUAAAAGUAAGAAGUUGUUGGGUUGGCCAUCUGAUGUUGGCUGUGUUGGUUGAAUAUCUAUAAUGGCUUUUAUCUAUGAAAUCAGAUGAAUAUUAGCUUUCUAAUUAAAUACUGCAUGCAGGAUUUACGCAAGCACAACUCGUGUACAGAGCUCUAUUGGUUCAAAAAGCUACUGCUGCCCCACACGCAACCCAGAGGAAUGUAAAAAGGUUAAAUUAAACUGAUAAACAGAUAAAAAGCCUCAUCCGUAUCGGGACCUCUGAUCCCUCUUGUCUGUUUAAUGCGAAACACUUUUUCAGUUUUACAGCCACAUGUUUCUUAGAAAACAUAAUUCAACCAAGCAACCGGCUGUAUACCACCUGCCUAGCGGCAAAUGGUUUACAAAGUUACUAUCCAGUUAGUGAAACUCCAAGGCCGAGAUAAUUUGAUAGAGAACAAAACAGAUCUAAGAGAAACCAUAUGACAAGCGGCUGGUAAUUGGGUUGACCGUUCAUCCGCCACCAUGUGUUGGAAAUUUCUUUAGUUCUAAUGCUGUGUUCACACAACAGGGUUUUUAAAGUCUGGUCUAAUCUCAAACUUGCGUGCAAGGUCAGGAUUUGAAACUAAACAGAGCAACACAUACGGUACCACAAGAUAUUAGUUUUAACAACUCGCUGUAAAUCUUCUGAUCCAAACUGCAGACUGCUUGGUGGCGGUAAAACACCUGGAAACAGGUUUGCAAAGCACCAACCAACCCAAAGGUAGAAGAAGAACGUGCUGCUUUGCAUUUAAAAAACAAAAACAAAGCAGAAACCAAAAUCUAGUAGUAGCAUGUUUACCAUUUGAUGUUCUUGUCGACUUGUUUCUCUCAUUGGUUGUCGUGAAAAUACUGACAUAAUCAUCCAAACUUGAAACAAACAUAGUUAAUCUCGGUAUCCCUAACCAUUCUCCAAGUGUCCAGGAGGUUUAAGAGCGGAUCUAUAAACCCUUCGUGGUACAGAGCGAUCCAGCUUUAUUGGCUUAGUUGCCAAUAAAUAUUGCAUUUCUUAUUUAUAUAUUUUAUUAUACCAAUUACUUUACACUUGUUAUUUAUUCAUGUUAGAACUGUCAAGCUAUACCUCAGGUACAUCAGCUUUUACUAUUUGUGUCAUUGCACUGUUACAACAAUGAUCUUCAAGUACGUCUCUAAGUCAGAUUUAGAAAGAGUACAGUUCAAAAGUGUUUCACUCUGCAGUAGGGUUAUCACAUAUGCUACAUUGUACAGGAAUACCGGCUUUUUGACAUGAGUUGGUAUGCGGUUUCGACAGGAAGGGCACAUCAAUGUGUGGACAUGAAAUUGGGGAAAGGAGUUGCAUGGUCACAGAUCUCCCACUGAGCCGGGAACUUCAUGCGAAAGUGAUUGCAUCCCACAGCAGGAUGAGAAAAAGAUGUGAAGCGCUAUAUGGUGGCCUAGCUUACAGAACAGGCAUUGAUUCAGCUUACAGUGGGUGGUGUUAACCGCUGGUUCACUGGUUAACUUUGGCAGACAGAAGCGUUCUGAGAAGUCAGAGAAUCUGUCCGCAGCAGUUUCGAUCAGCGUUUUUACAUAUGUUGCGGCUAGAAAUGUUCCUUGUCUGGGUGACAACAAAUCAAUGUAACAGCUGGUCAGUGAGCCUCUCCAAAAAAAUCCAAACCUCUCUUUUAUGUAUCAACACACACCCACAGCUCUCCUCCGUACAUACACACGCAUACCCAUCAGCAGGAGCAAAUACAGUAUGUGUGUAGGGAGGGGUUUGUACGUGGGAACUUCACCUUGAAGAUCAGACAGGAUAUAAAUCAAACAAACCUGCCAGCGUUACAUUUUGGUGCACGGAUUACAGACUGCACUGCAUGCUGAUAAGACGAGGGAACACUUCCAACACGCAGAGACGGGCUAAAGCUCCCAUUUCUCACCUCCCUACCCUGAAUAUCAAGUCGCUCCACCUGUUUGUUGUGUUGUACUUACAAAGGCAUGUCAAGACUUGUUCUGCUGUAUGUUUUUUUGUGUCAUGAGUACUAUUGUCCUGAUUUACAUGAGUUUAGAGCUCAUAGAUGCACGCUGGUUAUAAAAAUGUCUGUAUUCAAAAUAUAUUUUUUGAAAACCAA